GCCGCCGGCGCUGCUCGGGCCGUUUGAACUUGGCGGGCCUGAUGCAGGCGGCAGGGCCUUGGCGGGCCGCCUCUCCUGCUCGGUGCACUCGCUACCUCGCCCGCUGCAAGCCGGGCUUCCGGCCCUCCUCGAGCUUUGUCGUCGACCUCUUAGUGGAUUCCCGGGGUCCAGGACUGGAGGAUGUGGCGGUGACCGAGUGCUUGUCGCCGCCGCCUCUGAGCUGCAGCAACUCCACCCUGUCCCUGUUGUCUCCCCUUGGCCACCAGAGCUUCCCGUUUGGCGCCGACGACAGUGAUGGGGAGGAUGAAGAGGCCCUGGACGAAGAUGCCCGUGAGUCAGAGGCCACGGUGGAGAUCUUGGAAGGAAUAGAGUUACAGGGGCGCUCCAGUAGUUAUGAAGUUGAGUCCCAGGACAAACAGAAAUUACAGGAUAGCAGUCUGACGCCAUGGGAGAUGUGGUUUGUUGGCAAAGAGAAAGAAGAGCGUGGCCGGCUACAGCAGAAAGUUCUGGAGGAAUUAAAUCAGCAGAUAGAAAAAAGAAAAGAAAUGGAAGAACGUGAAAAAAGAAAGAUAAUUGCUGAAGUAAAGCACAAGGAAUGGGUUCAAAAGAAAAAUCUGCAGGAAAAGAAAGAAAGGGAACGAAAAAUUAAUAAGGAGAUGGAAGAAAAAGCAGCAAAAAAACGGGAGAAAGAACAUUUGCAAGAAAAAGCAAAAGAAAAAUAUCAAGAAUGGUUGAAGAAAAAAAAAGCUGAAGAAUGUGAGAAGAAGAAAAAAGAGAAGGAAGAAGAAAAGCAACGGCAAGCAGAAUUACAGGAGAAAAAAGAAAUUGCAGAAAAAAAAUUUAAAGAAUGGUUGGAAAAUGCAAAAAACAAACCUCGUCCAGCUGCAAAGAGCUAUGGUUACUCCAGUGGAAAGCUCACAGGUUUUUACAGUGGAAAUUCCUACCCAGAACCAACAUUUUAUAACCCAAUUCCGUGGAAGCCAAUUCAUAUGCCCCCUCCUAAGGAAACUAAGAGUGGACCAGGAAAGAAGAGCAAACGGCCUGCCACGAGUCAGCCGCUCACGUCGUCCCUGGCCGUUCACAGCGCCAGGACCAGCCUUAGCCUUGGAGCGCUGUGCCGAGUACAGAGAUAGAGUGUGCACAGAGCAUACCUACCCAGCUGGAGCUUACGGUUAAAAUCAGAAUAUUUUUCUUAAUACUUAAUCAGUAAGUCAACAUUUGAUGUGGUAAUUGAAAGAUACCAAAAUUUGAAAUUUGUAUGUGGAAUCCUUAGAGUUAAAGAUAGUUUUUACAUUUUGUUUUUUUUUAAACCAUUAAGGUUGAUCUAAUGAUUGUAUUUUAGUUUUUAUUAAAACUCACUAUAGUAUCAAUAAACCAAUAGUCUGUCU